GUUCGAGCUUUACGUAACAAAUUAAAACCAGUUAGCCAUAUUAUGGUACAAAAUAAAGCUGUAUUAUUAGCAAAAUUUCCAAAAUAUAUUCUUUACUAUUCUAAUAUCAAUAAUUUUAAGUGGAGUAACAAGUGGCUUGAUAGUUUUUUACGACGUAAUAAUUUUAGUAACCGUCAUAAAACAACUGUUGCGCAAAAAUUAUCAGCAGAAUUAGAAACACAACAGCAAGAAUUUCUUAAUUUUGUUCAAUAUUGCCAUGAUAAAGGAAAUAAAACCAUUAGUAUUAGGACUUGUGGUUAUGAAAAAUCUUGCUUUACUGUUGUGCUUGCAUGUUUGGCGGAUGGCACGAAAUUACCUCUAAUGAUCAUUUUUAAGUUAAAAAAUGUUUCACGGCUUGAGUUUCCAUCAGGUGUAGUUAUUAGAGCUAAUGCAAGUGGAUGGAUGAAUGAAAUAGAAAUGAGUUUUUGGAUAGAUAAGAUUUGGCAAAAUCAUACACCAAAUUCUGAGAAUUCAUGGUUACUUUUAAUUAGAAAUAUGUAUGAUGAAUGGAUAUUACAAGAAAUAAGAGAAUUAACUGAAUCUGGACGAAUUAAACGUCCUCC